UCAAGAAUAUGAAUUGGCUGCUUCGCAGCAAUUAACUAUUACUAUAACAAUGUUUUUACCCUCCAAAUGUUUUGUUUUCCAACACUAUAUAGGUAGAAGACAUGUGGGUGGGGAUGAUAAAUUAAUUUUUUUUUUUUAAUUGGGCGUAACAAGAUUCUUUUACAAUUCUAUUUAUUUUCAUCCCAUAAAUUCCAAUAUGAACCAAAGUAUUGCAAUUUUAUUCCUUUUAGAAUCACAGUUUAAAAUCCAGACUCAGGUGGUGACAGCAGACUUCAGUCAAGGGGGCGCUAUUUAUGCAAUGAUUGAAGAGAAGAUUAAAGAUAAAGAAAUUGGUAUACUAGUGAACAAUGUUGGUGUGAUGUACUAUCCUGAAUGUCUCCACGAAAUGAGUCUGGAUCGCAUAUUCCAGUUGAUAAAUGUUAAUAUCACAGCUGCAACAAUAGUAAGUUAUUGCUGAACGCACCAAACUUUC